CUGGAUGGUACUGUGAGGGGCGGAGGAGGAGGCGGCUACGGCGGCGGGAGGAGGAGGAAAAGAGCUCCCUCUUCAGCGCUGAGCGGAAAGUCACAAUGUUUCAAAUUCCUGUUGAAAAUCUUGACAAUAUUAGGAAGGUUCGGAAAAAAGUGAAGGGCAUUCUUGUGGAUAUUGGCCUUGAUAGCUGCAAGGAAUUAUUAAAGGACCUUAAAGGUUAUGAUCCUGGAGAGAAAUAUUUUUACAAUACGUCAUGGGAAGAUGUUUCCCCUUGGGAAUCUUCAGGAAAAAGAAAGAGAUAUCGAACAAAGCCGUACUGUUGUAGCCUAUGCAAGUAUUCCACAAAGCUACUUUCUUCGUUGAAAAAUCAUUUGCAUCGUUACCAUGAAGAUGAAAUUGACCAAGAGCUUGUGGUUCCUUGCUCAAAAUGUGUUUUUGCCUCUCAGCCCAAAGUUGUGGAAAAACACUUUCGGAUGUUUCAUUCUUCUCAUCGGAAAAUGCAGAAUUACACCAUGAAUAUUUUAGACGACUCUAAACCAUCCAGGGGUGAUGUGAUAAACUUCACAUGCUUAAAAUGUCACUUUACAAACACUUUGUACUACAGCAUGAAGAAGCAUGUACUAAUAGCACAUUUUAAUUACUUGAUUACCUCAUACUUUGGCAUGAGAACUGAUGAAAUUCCUGAGCAAGUGAAAAAUGACAACACUUCACCUGCCAGUGCGAUUUCAUCUCUGGACAAGUACUAUUGUAAAAAAUGUAACAUAGGUGCCAGCAGCCUGGAUGCUUUAAUGUAUCAUAUUUUGACAUCAGACACACACAGAGAUCUGGAAAAUAGGCUCAGAUCUGUGAUUUCAGAACAUAUUAGGAAAACAGGACUUCUGAAGCAAAUGCACAUUGCUCCUAAACUUUCUGCAAAUAUGGCCAUGUCUCCUUUAACUAGCAACAGUGCUCCAGCACUAGCAUCUCCUGCUUCCACUUGCAUUCAGCUUGCCUUGCCACAGAAUAAUCAAAACCAAACUCUGGUACAGUCACAGGCGGUAACUGUGGCCUCAAGUGCCUCUGGGACUCUUACCCAUAAUGCCCCUGCUGCUGCCCAAUCACACGUAACUCUUGUAUCCAGUCCUUUGCCAGUGGGCCAGAAUAAUAUUACUCUUCAGGCAUCUGUUCCUCAGCCUGUUUUUGUUUCUCGUGGCCUCCCACUUAAACAACCUGUGAAUCCUACAGUUCUUCCCUUAAACCAACCAGUUGGAUCUGUCAAUAAGUCUGUUGGAGCAGGGGUUCUACCUAUAAAUCAGACCAUUCACCCAGGACUUUUGCCCCUUAAUCAGCCUGUUGGACCCAUAAAUAGACCUGUUGGACCUGGAGUUCUUCCCAUAAAUAGACCCAUUGCUCCUAAUGUGCUUCCUGUUAAUCAGCCCGUUGCAUCAGGUGUCAUCCAAGCAGUUCCACCAGGGAUGAUCUCUAUGGGCCAGACAGUCCCAUCAGGGGUACUUCCUGUGGGCCAAGCUGUCCCAUCAGGGGUACUUCCUGUGGGUCAAGCAGUCCCAUCAGGUGUUCUGCCCGUGGGCCAGACAGUACCAUCAGGGGUCCUUCAGCUCAAUCAGUCUGUUAUGUCAGGGGUUCUUCCUGUUGGCCAGGCAGUGAGACCUGGAGUACUCCAUCUUAAUCAACCAGUUACACCAGGUGUUCUACCUGUCAAUCAGCCAAUCAGACCUAGUAUCUCCCAAAAUGCCGCUUUCCUAACUGCAGGCUCUAUCCUUAGACAGUUAAUACCAACAGGAAAACAAGUUAAUGGGAUACCUACAUAUACCCUAGCACCAGUUUCAGUUACAUUGCCUGUACCACCUGGUGGUGUGGCAAAUGUUACACCACCACAGAUGCCAAUUCAGCUCAUGCAGUCUAGCGCAGCUACACAGAUAUCUCAUUCCCCAGCUGGUGCACCCUCUCCUCCAGUAGUGAUAAGCACUUCUCAAAAUAUGAUUGUCCAGGCAUCUUCAUCUACUCCAGAAACAAGCCAAGCUCCUAAUCUCAAACAAGCUAAACAGUGGAAAACCUGCCCAGUUUGCAAUGAACUCUUUCCAUCCAAUGUCUACCAAGUGCACAUGGAAGUGGCUCAUAAACACGAUGGAUCAAGGUCCAGUGAAAAACUUGAGCCUGAAAAACUUGCAGCAUGUGCACCAUUUUUAAGAUGGAAAGACAAAACUCUUCGCUGUCUCUCUUGUAAAUGUUUCAUAUCAGAAGAAGAACUUAUGCGUCAUUUAUUAAUGGAUGGUUUGGGGUGUUUAUUUUGUCCAUGCACUUUCCACAAUAUUAAAAGUCUUUCAGAUCAUAAUAGGACUGUUCACCUUGGAAAGAAGAGAUUAUCUGUGGAUUAUAGCAACAGAGGUUUCCAGUUAGAUAAUGAUGCUAAUGGUGACUUAAUAUUUCCUCAUAUUGAUUUAAUUACCAUGUUGCCAAAGGAAGAACUUGGAGAAAGGGAAGUUUAUUUGGCAAUACUAGCUGGAAUGUCUUCCAAGACACUUGUACCACUCUAUAUUAAAGUAAGGCCACAGACUCUUGAGGACCAUAGCAAUCCUGGAAAACAAGUCAGCACCUGUCCUUUUUGUCUUUGUACCUUUGUGACCACAGAAACAUACGAAAUCCAUUUAAAGGAAAGACAUCAUGUCAUGCCAACUGUACAUACAUUUUUAAAGUCUCCUGCUUUCAAGUGCAUCCAUUGCUGUGGGGUAUAUACUGGAAAAAUGACAAUGACUGCAAUUACUGUACAUUUGUUAAGAUGCAGGAGUGCUCCCAAAGUUAGUAGUUCAGAUCUUCAGAUCCAGCCUGAUCUUAGCGAAAAAGAACUUCCACUAGUGAAUGGUGAGAUACAUGAUUCUGUUUUUCCUGUCAAAAGAAAACUUUGUGAUCCCUAUUCUGGGGCAGAGGACCAAAGGGAUAAAGAGGAGUCUCUUAUCAUAGAUAAUGACAUCACUUCUGUUUCUGAAAAAGCAGUGAAUGUGCCUUCUAAAAAACAAAAGAAUGAAAACAGGACUGAAGGUCCACUAAUAAAUGAUGAUGCUCUUCAUAUGCUAGCACUAAAUCCCCAGAAGUACGAAGAUCGUUCAUAUGAAGAGAAAAAGCAGUUCCUUAAAGAUUAUUUCCAUAAGAGACCAUAUCCUAGCAAAAGAGAGAUAGAACUAUUAUCAUCCCUUCUCUGCGUGUGGAAAAUUGAUGUUGCAUCAUUUUUUGGGAAAAGAAGAUAUACAUGCCUAAGAGCAAUAAAAAAUUACAAACCUUCUGUGCUUUUGGGCUUUGAUAUGUCAGAACUGAAAAAUGUUAAGCACAGAUUACACUUUGAGUAUGAAACACAAACCUUGUAAAAAAAGCUAUUUAAGAACUCACAAAUACAAAGCAAUCAAAAGGCUAGUUUUUAAUUUAGUGUGGUUUUGGGGGGGCACUUUGAUUUUAAGUUACAGUGUAAUGACCUCAUCAAUUACAGUGGUCUUACACUGCAUCUCUAGAUAUUUCUGGGCACACGGUAUGAGUAGUUCUUAUUUUAUUUUGUGGAGGUCAUUGUUUUUCCAUUUCCUGUAAAUUAAAUCUCUUAUAUUUUAUACAUGCUUGUUUACCCAAUAGUGUUAAGAUAUUUAGAAACCUAAACCACAUUGUUUUUGUUCUGUUUUUCCCCCAUUUUUGCAUCCAUCCCAGUAGUUAGUGUUCUUUUAGUGGUGAAUGGUACAGCAAACUUUUUCUUAGAGACAGUAGAAGUGGUAAGUAAAAAUCCAGUGAUGCAUAUGGCACAGUGAUGGUGUGCUGCAUUUAACUUUUGCUAAUUUCUCCUUUGUAAAAUGCCUGUACGGUGACUGAUUUAUAAUUUUUCAGAUGUGCUUUUAUAUUUUAUAAAAAUCAGAAAGUUUCAUUUAUGAAAUGUUUGCCCAAAUCCAAAAUUUGGUAUGUGGUAUAUAGUUUAUAUUAAAAAAGCAUCAUUAUUACCAAAAAUGAAGUACUGUGCUCUAGUUACCAGAAAUACAUUUCAGAAUAAGUUUUCCUUUUUUGACAUUACUUUCCAUGCAGAGAGAUAAAGGAGUACCUUCUUAGUGCCUUUUAAUCAGUGAGAAAUUUGGAAUACCUGAAGAGUUUUCCUUGACCCCUUAAUUUGCUCAGAAACUGCCCAGAAGGGCACAAGGAAAUUUUUUCAAGAUAAGGAAAUAGGAAUGUACAUGUUUUACCACUUGGUGGUUACUAAUUAAUAUCCAGGUCAGUGUAGUGGUGACAUGCUGACUACGUAAGAUUUUCAGUGGAUCUAGUAGAAUUAAACCAGGCCUAAUGGCCCCAUCUGUCAGCAGCUAGUACAUUAAAAUUUACUAGAGUGCCGGAAUUUCCUUCACAUUGAAAAAUGGAAGGAUAAAACUGUUUGGUUUAGUAUGUCAUUAUACUGAUGUUUAAUUAUAUGGUCUUUAUUCUGUUACACUUUGGCUAUAAAUGGAGAUCUUUGGAUAUCAGCUAGAAUCUUUUGCAAAUCUAAAAUCAUUUAAAUGAGCUGGAUCCAGUAACAAAGUAUCCAGUCUGGUCAUUAAGUCUGUUGUAUUGUUCAAAAUCUGGGCGGGGGUUGGGGGUGGUGGAGGAAGAAAACUGGCAUCUUUCUGGUUGCUCUUUAUUGAAAGGGGUAGGUCUUAAAACUCAUGAUGGAAAAGUUGGGAUGCUCUAUGGAGAACUUGGGUCCUAUUAUUCAGUGGAACUUUCUACAUAAUAUUUUUGGGAUAAUACUGCAUGCAACUGCGUCUUUUGAAGCAAUUGUGUAAUUGGAUUGUGAUUCUUGAUGUACUCUCCUAUUGUAAACUUCAAAGAAGAAGCUUGCUGAACUUUUCCCAUUUAAAAUUUUUUUAUAAAUUGUUUUCAAAAUGUCUAUUUUGAAUUAAAGCUCCAUAUUUUCCUAUUGAAAA